AUGUCCACAGCGAUACAGCAGUGGCCAGGCCGAUUCGAGCAUGUCGAUCGCAUCCUCGACAAGCCUGGCCCUACCACCGACGAUGCCUUUCAAGCUGGCGCACCAGUCAAGGACUUCCUUCGCACUCAAUCCAAGAUUCUCGUCAUUGGCGCCGGCGGUCUCGGCUGCGAGAUCCUAUCCAAUCUCGCGCUCAGCGGCUUCCACGACAUUCACAUCAUCGACAUGGACACCAUCGACGUCUCCAAUCUCAAUCGCCAGUUUCUAUUCCGCGAGAAAGAUGUAGGUCAUUCUAAGGCUGAGGUCGCAGCCGCUUUCGUACAGCGUCGGGUUCCUGGUGUCCGCAUCACGCCCUAUCACGGCAAGAUUCAGGACAAGGACGAAGCCUACUACAAGCAAUUCAACAUCAUCAUCUGCGGCCUUGACUCAGUUGAAGCGAGGAGAUGGAUCAAUGCAACGCUCGUCAAUAUGGUCGACGAAGACGAUCCCGAAUCGCUCAAGCCCCUCAUCGAUGGCGGCACCGAAGGCUUCAAGGGCCAAGCACGCGUCAUCCUACCCACCAUCACCUCGUGCUACGAAUGCAGUCUCGACAUGCUCAACAAGCAGACCACCUACCCGAUCUGCACAAUAGCCAAUACGCCACGUCUCCCCGAACACUGCAUCGAGUGGGCCAGCGUCCUCGAGUGGCCCCGCGUCUUUGGCGAAAAGAAGCUCGACAACGACAAUCCUGACCACAUCUCUUGGCUCUUCGAGCAGGCAUCGACUCGUGCAGCGUCGUUCGGCAUCACCGGCGUCACAUGGAACCUCACCCAAGGCGUCACCAAGAACAUCAUCCCCGCCAUUGCCUCCACCAACGCCAUCAUCGCCGCCGCCUGCGUCCUCGAAGCCUUCAAGUUCGCCACCACCUCGGCGCCCUUUCUCAACAACUACAUGAUGUUCACCGGCAACGACAGCGUAUACACGUACACGUUUGAACAUGAGAAGCGGCCCGACUGCCCCGUGUGCGGCGGCGAGGCGCGCACCAUGUCCUUUAGCGCAGAGGACAAGGUCGAGAGUCUCAUCGAGCAGUUGGGCGAGUUGGCGGAUUUGCAGAUCAAGAAGCCCUCGCUGUCGUUAGCCGGAAAGCCGCUGUACUACCAGGCGCCGCCACAGCUCGAGGAGGUAACACGGCCAAAUUUGGAAAAGAAGCUGUCCGAGGUGUGCAAGGAGGGAGACGAGAUCACUGUGACGGAUGCCAGGUUGCCGUUCACGCUGGGUAUCAUUGUCAGUUUCACAUGA